GAUGUUUAUUCAGAUGAAACAGUGAUGAUAUCAGUGAUGGAGGGAGAUUCUGUCACUUUAAACACUGAUGUUACUGAAAUACAGCAAGAUGAUCUGAUACUGUGGUCAUUUAGAUUUAACAGUUCAGAGACUCGUAUCGCUGAAAUCUAUAAACAGAUUGUCUCUGUGUAUGAUAAUAAAGAGAAUAAUGAGAGAUUCAGAGACAGACUGAAGAUAGAUGAGCAGACAGGAUCUCUGACCAUCACAAACAUCAACAAAUUACACUCUGGACUUUAUAAACUAAAGAUCAUCAGUGGACAGAUGAAAUACUUCAGCUUCAGUAUCGCUGUCUAUGGCAUUCUGCCUGUUCCUGUCAUUAUCAGAGACGCUUCUCAACAUUUUUCACCUGAAUCAUCAGGUCAGAAUUGUUCACUGCUGUGUUCAGUUGUGAAUGUGAGUGCUGUGACUCUCUCCUGGUACAAAGGAAACAGUUUAUUGUCCAGCAUCAGUGUGUCUGAUCUCAGCAUCAGUCUCUCUCUACCUCUGGAGGUGGAAUAUCAGGAGAACAACAUCUACAGCUGUGUGAUCAACAAUCCCAUCACAAACCAGACUCAACACAACAUCAACAUCACUCAACUCUGUCAGCCAGAUUCAGAAUCCAACCAGACUACUCUUCUUCUAGUUGUGUUGCUCUUGGUCUUGCUGCUGUUAGUGAUCUCAGCUGUAGUUGUGAUGAUGAUGAUCUGUCGACGAAGAAAAUACACACGAGCUAAACAAGAGGCUCAGAGUAAUGAGGAGGAGGUUGAUUAUACUGAAGCAACAUUCAUUAAACAUGAAGAUCAGGAUACGAGGGCUAACGGACACGAUCAGACGGUGUAUUCAGAAGUUGUUUUGAGAAGAUGAUCGUGUGGACUGUAUGCCUCUUCUACCGGUGCAGAGCAUGUUGAGGUGUAUUUCAGUGUAGCAAAGCUCAAAACCCCAGUUAAACUGCAAAUGCACUGGUUCUAGCUACACAUGACUGAAUUUCAGAAUAUAUUUUU